GGGCAGCAGCAGCCAGCAGCGGACAUGGUGCGCGGGGUGAGCGCGCUCCUCCUGCAGGCGGCCGGGAAGACGCCGCGGCACCGCCACUUCGUGGACUCGCUGCGGCUCCACGUGCGAGGCGGCACGGGCGGCAUGGGGCUGCCGCGUCUGGGCGGGGAGGGCGGCCCCGGCGGGGACGUCUGGGUCCUGGCCCGGCCCGGCGCCUCUUUGCGCCACGUCACCGAUCGGCAGCCCUCCAAGCGCCUCGCAGCCGGGGUCGGAGACAACAGCAGUGUUCGAUGUCUCAAAGGUGCAAAAGGCAAAGACUUUCAAAUCGAGGUGCCCUUGGGGAUCUCUGUCCACACAGAUGACGGGACCCUCAUCGGGGAGGUGAACAGCCCUGAGGACCGCGUGCGCGUGGCCGUGGGCGGCCUGGGCGGGGGACUCACCACGGAUUAUCAGCCCAGCCCCGGACAGAGGCGGAUGAUUCGUCUCGACCUCAAGCUCAUUGCCGACGUUGGCCUCAUCGGGUUCCCUAACGCUGGCAAGUCAACGCUCUUAGAGAAACUCUCUUCUGCCAAGCCCAAGAUUGCCGACUACCCUUUCACAACGCUCUGUCCACAACUAGGCAAGAUGAUGUUCCAAGACCACAGGCAGAUCAGUGUGGCUGACCUGCCGGGAUUGAUAGAGGGAGCCCACGCCAACAAAGGGAUGGGACAUCAUUUCCUCAAGCACGUGCAGAGAAAUAAAAUACUGCUGUUCGUGGUUGACGUGUUUGGAUUCCGUCUGUCACCAAAAACGCAUUUCAGGGAUGCUUUUCAGACCGUCCAGCUGCUCGUCAAGGAGCUGGAGCUCUAUGACCCAGAUCUCCUGGGCAAAGCAGCUGUGUUGGCUGUGAAUAAAAUGGACCUUCCUGGUGCACAAGAGAAGUAUAAACAGCUUUGCCAUCAGUUGAUGCAUCCACAAGACUUCCUGUCCCUGCUGCCUGCAGGAAUGGUACCGGUAGAGCGCUUCCCUUUUGAGCACGUGUUGCCUGUGGCGGCGGUGCAAGGCACGGGCGUGGAAGAGUUGAAGAUUGCAGUGCGCAAGGUUCUCGAUGAGCAGCAGGUGGAGGCGGUGAUGAAGGCGCGUGAAGAGAAGCAGCGGCAGCUCAGGACCGGCCUCAGGCCGUCCCUGUGACACCCGCCCGCUGUUUCACUCAUCUCAACCCACCCCUUCGACCUCCACAUAAAAUUAGGAAGUAGCAAGUUUGUGUGGGGAGCGAUAGUGCAGAGGUUCGCGUACUACGCUACGAACCCGGCAACCCGAGUUUGAUUCCCGCUCAUGGCUAACACCAGUGAUGAUUAUCUGAAUUUGUUGUGGGCCUCCGCUUGGUCUACUCAGCCUCAAAUGAGUACCUGGUACGAUGUGUAAACAUCACUAUCACGGAGACAAAGGCGGCCUGGCAUGGUGUUGAUCACCGACCCACUCGUGUGCUGUUCCGUCCUUCAUAGGUGCUUGCUAACAGCACUUGCCCAAAAAGUCUGUUAAGGCUAUGCAGGGGAUCUUUGUCUUGUUGUUGCUAGGAUGUACAAGUGCUUGGUGCCUGAUUUUGAUAACGACUAUUCACUUGACAUUUUUUAGCCCAUUAACUUUCACUUGUCAUUUGCUCUUUGUGUCCCAGCUGUCGAAUAUGCAUUGUUCUAUGUACUUGCCCAAUAUCGAUCAUAUAUAUGGAUCAUAAUGACUGAUUCACAUUCCCAUGAUGUUCUAAAAUUGUUAGAAGAAUAAAGAUGUCACUCUUCA